AUGGAAAAAUCCAAUGACAGCUCAGAGUAUGGUUUUAUCUUAGUGGGCUUCUCUGAUCGUCCGAGGCUGGAGCUGGUACUCUUCGUGGUCAAUUUCACUCUGUAUUCAGUGGCUGUGUUGGGAAACUCAACCAUAAUCCUUGUGUGUAUUUUAGACCCUCGACUUCAUACCCCAAUGUACUUCUUUCUGGCCAAUCUCUCCUUUCUAGAUCUCUGCUUCAGUACGAGCUGUAUCCCGCAGAUGCUGGUGAAUCUCUGGGGCCCUGACAAGACCAUCAGCUACGCUGGCUGUGCGGUCCAGCUCUUCUCCUUCCUCUGUGUGGGGAGCGUGGAGUGCAUCCUCCUGGCCGUGAUGGCCUAUGACCGCUUCGCCGCGGUCUGCAGGCCUCUGCACUAUCUGGUCAUUGUGCACCCCCAGCUGUGUUUGCGACUGGUGGCCGUGGCCUGGGGGAGUGGACUGGUCAAUGCCAUCGUCAUGUCCCCGCUCGCAAUGACUCUGUCCAGAUGUGGCCGGCGCAGGGUCAACCACUUCCUCUGUGAAAUGCCAGCACUGAUCAAGAUGGCUUGUGUGGACGCCCGCGCGGUGGAAAUGCUGGCCUUCACCUUCGCCAUCCUCAUCGUCCUCCUGCCCCUCGCUCUCAUUCUCGUGUCCUACGGCCACAUCGCGGCAGCCGUGCUGAAGAUCCGGUCGGCCGCUGGGCGCCGCAAGGCAUUCAACACCUGCAGCUCCCACCUGACCGUGGUCUCUCUGUUCUACGGGAGCAUCAUCUACAUGUACAUGCAGCCCGGGAACAGCGCUUCCCAAGACCAGGGCAAGUUUCUCACCCUCUUCUACAACCUGGUCACCCCCAUGCUGAACCCACUCGUAUACACCUUAAGGAACAAGGAGAUAAAAGGAGCCCUGAAAAGGGUCUUGGGGAGAGAGAGGAAGACACAGAAUUGGAAG